GGCAUGAACCACUUCUCCCGUCCAGCAGGGGGCAGCACGAGAGAGGCUCUCGGUCUGGAACCUUGGAUGAAAUGCUUUCCCGGUUCGGCGCUGGUUUGGCUGGUUGUUGUUUACAGCAGGUUCGGUUCGGUUCUGUAGCUCGUGUUCCUGCCGCUGACUCACUGUCGGUGUUCGGCUGCUCUUCCUGGUCCACACGCCGCUUCUCCAGAACCAGAGCCAUGCCCCGGAAACAUAAGGAGGUGAAAGGACAGAUGAAGGCUGCUGGAGCUGGAUCAGCAGAGACACCAGCUUCUGGUCCGGUAACCCGGGACAAGAGCGGCGCUGUAGCCAUCACGGUGCACGCAAAACCGGGCUCCAAACACAGCGGCAUCACAGAUGUUAAUGCUGAGGCUGUAGGGGUUUCCAUCGCAGCGCCACCUACAGACGGAGAAGCCAACACUGAGCUUGUCCGCUACCUCGCAGAAGUCCUGGAGCUGAAGAAAAGCCAGAUUUCACUGGACAAGGGCUCUAGAUCCAGAGACAAAGUCAUCAGAGUGGAGUCCUCUUUGGAUCCACAGGAGGUGCUGAGGAGGCUCCAACAGGCUGCCGGUUAAUCGGCGAAGAGCCGGGAUGAGCAGACUGCGAGAAUGGAUGGAUGGUGGAGGGGUUUAACUUCUCAUCCAUCAGCGGGACCGGUAAUGGAUGUGUGGGAGCAGAACCUCUCCCACCUUGAGAGUACCCUCGUCUUUUCCUCCUUAAAAUACUCGUCUUAGAUUGGAGGAAUGGAGCUGAACAUAGAAAAGUUGGGAAGCCAGAGGCCUGUUUCCUGAAGCCUCCACAGAAAAUCUUCAGGUUAAACAAACUGUCAGAUCUCUGCAGGUUCAUGUGAAACAGGAGCUACCCUCAGAUAAUCCGUAAAUAAGAAACAGUUCCUGGAUCUAACUCAGCACCAGGAGGCCCAUUUAUGUUCUACGUAAGAUUUUAUAUUUUUUAGUCAAUUGGAUGCUUUAAAAUCCUGAAGAUGCAGUUGUUUUUUUUCCCACAUAUUGGUGUUUUAAAGUCACAGUGCACAGUGGGAGUCCACUGCUCCCCAAGGGAUGGGUUAAAUGCAUGUUGCAAUGACAAAUCAACAUAAUUCUUAUUGAUAUAAUUAUUAUAACACAGUAAAAUACAACCAUAGUUGACCAAAGGGUUGUGAAGCAGGUAACACACAGGGGAUAAUGACCCUUGAGACCCCACAAAACCUUAAAUACUGAAGACACAAAUAAGAAAAAAGUCUGUUGUCCAUACUCUUCUUCAGGCGACCCAUCAUAUUUUCUGAUAGAUUAUUGGACUCUUGAUGAGACAUUCUCUAACAAAACUUAAUUUCCUUCCAGUGAAGCUGUUUUGCCGCCUGUACACUCGGACUCACUACGAUGAAGAAAUAUUUUUUUCAUCCUCAGCCUUCAGACCAGGGGAUUUUACGGUCAGAACUGACUGUUGCUUGGAACUGUUCAUCAUUUCAUUCUCCUUCAAUAAAACCCCCAGUUCCAAAUUAAAAAUAACCCCGGGGCAUGAUGGUGCCACCGCCGUGUUUCACUGCGAGUGUCAGUUUUCUUUUUUUGCUUUUGUGCCAA